AUCUUUUAGAAGCAUCCCUAAUGAUCCACUUAUACGGUACCUGUUGUGUCCUCAUCAUCAUGAUAGCUAGAGCUUUGAAGGAGUUGGUGAUGGGAGACCAUACGAUCAGUGAUGCUGGUGAGCCUCCUUUGAAGGUCUACAUCCUAACCCUGAUGGUGCCAUGCUUGGCUAUAGCGAUGGUGGUGGACUUGAAGACCCUUGCGCCAUUUGCAUUGAUCUGCAAUCUAUUUGCAUUUGCUGUCAUCAUGGUUCUCUUAUGGUAUAGUUUGCAUAGCACGGUGGACAGUCCAUGGGACAGAGCUCCUUAUAAAUCCGUUAUGGGAGCUUUUGAGUUUGUGGGCGUCUGUAUAUUUGUCCUGGAGCCUGUCAGCUACGCCUUGGCUGUCGAGAAUAACAUGCAAGAACCUAGGAACUUCAAUUAUGUUGUACUUGGAUCAAUGCCAAUCUACACUGCUUGCAUGGUAACUGUUGGGUUUUUCGGCUACUGGUAUUAUGCUGAGAAUUGUGUGUCGCCAAUCACAAUACAUUUCCCUUAUUCUGAUUUCGCCGUAAUAUUGAAAGUAUUUCUAUGUAUCACUCUCUACGUUAUAUACGCUAUGUGUUUCCACGUGGCUUUUGACGUUGAAUGGUUUUAUUUGAAACGGAACCAUCAGAUACCCAACUAUUGGUAUUGGGAGAGACUGUACAGGACUCUUCAUGUUGUGGUACUCAUAUUUAUAUCGUAUAUGCUGCCAAAUGUGACGAGGAUGAUGGGUGUUAUUGGUGGUUUCUUCACGACCCCAGCAGUAUUGGUAUAUCCAGCAAUCAUAGAGCUGAUCCUCGAUUGGGAAUAUCCAGGGCUUGGUAAAUAUCAAUGGAGAUUAGUGAAGAGCAUAUUUAUCGUCAGUGUCGGUUUGAUAGCACUCUUAGGAGGAACAUACUUCAAUGUAGUAGGAAUGAUAGAGGAGGUGCAAAUACAAUACAGAGGAGAAUUCAAGCCAAUCUAUUCUCAUCAUGAUAAUCAAGAUGAUAAUUGGAAAUCCUAUAUCUAUAUGAGGAUAGAUACUGGAGAUAGAGAUUUAUACAAUGAUAGUGAUAUUAAUGCCAAUUUCUAUGAUACCAUGUCCAAAAAUACUACUACAAGUAAUGUUUUCCCUUAUAAUAAAACAUAUGAACUACCAGAAAAUAUAAACAACAGUGCUGUUUACGCGAUGCCUGGUUUACGUAAUGAUAUAAAUGACAUUAUAAUAAUCCGUAACAAAAACAAUACUAUAGAUGGCAGCACUACUGCUUUAAGCAAUGAUGUGUAUUAUAUAACCCCUGGUAUAGGGAAUACUAACAUUAUAGUGUAUGACAAAAACACUAUUAUAAAUGAAAGCACUAUUAGUUUUAGCACUGAUAUAGCUACAUUUGCUACUAAACAACUUAAUGUUAAAGAUAACACUAUUUUGACCAAUGUCACUGCAGCCAUAGAUGAUAAAAUUGACAAAGAACUGUUAAAUGUAACUGUCACUAUUGCAUCUGUCAUUAAAAAUUAUACUACAGUGAUCGGUGGUGAGAUUGACAGAAUGUUAUCAAAUAAUACGGCUAGGGGGAAAAUAAACAAAACUGUUGAUGAUACAGAUAAAGUGCAAUAGGAAAUGUAAAAAUCAGUGUGGUAUGAACGGCGCUGCAGACUGCCUAGCAGGUUACUGGAACUCAAGAUUGAAAAGCAGCAAAAGGAGGUUUAUAGUCAGUAAGAGUCUGAUACUCCCUUUCGCCUCAUCCAAGGCGGGAGAAGACAUUGAGCGAUAUACCCCACUCACAAAAAGGAAAUUUAGGUGUAUUGUUGAAAAAUGUAGUUUGUAGAGAUAGAUAAAUAACAAUUAUUUUAAGGAGCUGUUUUCACAAUUCAUUUUGACUCGAUUCUAAUGAAAAACAAAUAAUGAAUACAUCAAUUUGAUGUUAGUUUGUCCCAGGAAGCAAAUAAUAAAGAGGAGAAUUAAUGUCUUAACUGGAUUUCCCUUUAACAUAAUGCGUGAUACUUU